CGUGCCAGCCGGAGCGUGAAAAACAUCGGAGCGGCUGGCGCACGCCGCGAUAUUGCACUGGCAGCGUCAGCGCUCCCUUCGCUCUUCGCGGACGUGGCGCUGUGCCCUCCGAGGAAAACUCGACGUGUGAAAGUAGCCGUGCACAAAUUGACGCUGGUAUACCUCACAGCAGGCGGCAGUAGCUGCUGUUUUGUCUUAGCUGUGUUUCUCAAGGCCCGCAAAGGGGGCGAGGCGCGCAAAGGUGCGGGCGAGCUGGCGCGGCAACUCAGCGCGCUGCCCUAUAAUGGCGUCCGCUCGACUUCACCCCGCACCGGCAGCGUUCGUCGCACCUGACGGAGGCGGUGGCGGCGUCAGCGGAGCGUCAACUACUGCCGCGGCGGCCGCUGCAGCAGCUGCCGCGGCAUUCCUCGACUUGUCGAGUCACGUGGAACUCGCCUCGUACCACGACUUCCGGCUCUCCGAGCUGCGCGCUGCAGGUGCGGCGGCUGCGGCCGCGCACGGCUUCGGCGGGCCAUUGGGACCAUACGCUUUUGAGGCCGGUAGCAGUGGUCCGCCGCCAGACGCCUUCUCGCCCCUGGCCUGGGAAGGCCUGGGCGCCCCUUCGGCAGCAGGCGCCUACCAUUCGGCGUUCGAGUUCGGCCACUUCGGCAUUGGCGGACACCACUCGGCCGGUGGAGGCGCGGUGGUGUCGGCCCCUUCGUCGGGUUCUCGCUUCCCGGCCAUGACUGUGCAGGGCAAGAGAUCGCCCGCGGGGGCUGCCCAGCAGAACGGCUUCGCGUGCCCGCCGCACGGCGGCAGCGGGAAGAGCAAGCCACGGCGCCGGGUGGCCACCGUGGCUCAGCGCAGGGCGGCCAACAUCCGAGAGCGACGCCGCAUGUUCAACCUCAACAGCGCUUUCGACAAACUGCGCAAGAAGGUGCCGACGUUCGCAUACGAGAAGCGGCUGUCCCGCAUCGAGACGCUCCGCCUGGCCAUCAUGUACAUAGCCUUCAUGACUGAAGUCGUGGGCUGCUCUAAGGACGACGCUGAGCCAUGUGCAGAGGACGCACUGGUUGCGCCACCAAAUGCUGGCAGCGUCGCCGGCUUUCCUUCGCACCACCACCAUCACCACCAGCUCACCGGGGAUGUGCCGUUGGAAGACGCGGCCCUUUGGGGUCCGGGACGGCAGCUAGCUGUGGCCACGGGUGCCGACACCCUCGGCCACUUGUGCCCAUCCUCGAGACAAGUGUGACCUCUGACGCUGCUGGAGCCGGCGGCAUACGUGUUUCCCAGGUGAACUGGAACAGCCUCGGUGACCAGCAGCAGCGGUGAUGGAACGAGUGAAGCCGACGGACUAGUCAGCGCUGGUGUUGGGGCAUGUGUUGCGAUAAGGUUGUGGCUGAACCCCAACCGCCGUCCCUGUGAAUUUGACUGACAGUUCGGCAAUGUGUCGCGGUUCCGUCAACAGUGUGGUAAAAAACACUGGGUUAUCAACAACAGUGUACCUUGUUGCGGUCGUGCAAGCAUAUGAGUUUGCCGUAGCGCUCACUUGAGGGGUAUAUUGAAGGCAACUUUGCCAGAAUGCGCUGGAAUUGGUUAGCUACCACGCUUUCUUGGUCAUGCCACACGACCAUGGGUGAUGGAGCACAGAUUACCGCAUGUUGCGAUAAUUAGAAACGAAUUUUCGGAGUGGCUAAUCAUACGCUUACAUUUGAGCGAAAUAUAUCUGUAAUUGUGCUAGUCAUUGUGUUCCUAAAGAAGGAAUAAUAAUUGCGCAAUUGUCCAAUAAUCACGGAUAUCGUGCAGUGCUUACCAGUGGAUGUCUAGAGUUGGGGCACAUAAUAUGCAGGUGAAUUGUUGGCUGAAUGGCUUACACAAAAGAUCCUAAGGAAUGUACGUUUUACUUGGAAACGCACUACGCAGCAAUUUUCUCACUGAAAGUCUACUUGCAGAAACUUGUUGCAGUUAUGUGCGUCCUUAUUUACCUUCUUCCUGUGGUCUCUGUAGCAUAUAGGCGCACUUGAGUAGUCUGAAGCAUUUCAAGGAUGGUACGUUAGUGUUGUAUAUCAAUCGGGCAGCAUUGAGAAAGCUUGUAAAAGGCCUUUAUUCGGAUAGCCACUGGACACAGCGGAUCAUCAGUCCUUUUUUUUUCUUUUGGUGGUGACGUCACAUCUCAAUCCACGUCUUUCGCGGAGUAGAUAACUUGCAGUGCAUUCUUUCAUAACCAGUAUAAUUUAACCUGUUCCUUUGGUUGAGGAAAAGUGAUGUGCUAUACGAAAACACUGAAAAUAGUCUUGCACUAAUUUACCAUAUUGUAAAUCUUGUUCUGGUAUAUGAUUUGACCUUUGUUAAUGUGCAAUCAAUAAAA